GUAAAAUGCAGGUUUUUAUACAUAAUAUUUUACAUGAACAUAUUUAUGAUGUACAUGAUUACACAGAAUUCAGUGACAAGUUUAACCAAGCGUGAUGUACAGUUAUCAUAACUAAACACAAGAUUCAUUUCAUGCUGCUGGGAUUCAAACCCCAAAGAAUCAGAGUCAUGAAACCUAGCACCUUAAACCAUUUUACCAAAAAAGUAAACUUUAAUUUUCACUUAGUCGCUGGUGUGAGGAAACUGUGUAGCCAGAAAAGAAGUACAGUAGGUUUGUUCCCAUCAAUAAAAACACAAGAAAAUCUUACUUCAGAAUAGAUAUGAGGUAACUUACAUUGUUAUUUAUUUUUUCUUUUUUUUUUUCUUUUAUUUCUUUAGGCUAUAAUUAUGCACCAUGUCCUGUUUGCUUCAUAAAAUAUAUAACAGGAGUAUGACCUGAUAUUGACACUUCAUUUCCCUCCACGUACUAUUACAAUUCAGGCGAUUAUAUUGUUGUUUCCAUAUGACGUCAUCUGGAGUUUGGAAAUGAAAACUUUCGGUCUCUAUUCCUCAACAGAUUAAAUGCAUGGGCGGAGAAUAACACCGCUCAUAUCCGUGCCACUAUAUAGUCCUCUCCAGGGUGAAAGACCGAUUGCACAUCACCCAGACUGAUCACCAUGAGUUCAACUCAAGGCACAGAUUUAAAAGCCAGACUUCUUCAGCAAGAAUGCCAUUUCACCUGGGCUCUGAAUAAUAAUGAAGUAGAUCUCAAUUACCUUCUGAACAGAUUAGAAGAACAGUUUAGCCUGGAUCUCGGAAAGGAGGCAAGAGUUGCACGUACACGCAGCUGUAUGGGAUUUGUGAAGUUUCUACAAGGCUCCAAUACUGAGGCUCUCAGCAACUUUGAGAAAUCUGUAGAACUCAUUAAGGCUCAUGGAAAAGACUCUGAUAAGCUGCUUGUUGUUGCCUAUGGAGACCUUGCAUGGUUAUACUAUCAUAUGGGAAACUUUGCAGAGUGUGAAAUGUACCUGAAUAAGCUGAGGGAGAUUAAAGAGAAAUAUCCAUCUGUCCCAUAUGCUGAGGUGCUUGGAGAAAAAGGAUGGACAUUCCUUAGGUUUUCACUCAAAUAUUAUGAAAGGGCAAAAGAAUGCUUUAAAAAGGCCCUGGAUCUGGUCCCUGAGAAUGCUGAAUGGAACUCCGGCCUUGCCAUUGCUCUGUAUCGGACAGAGAUUGUGGGAAUAGGAUGUGCACCAGAAACUUCAGAUGCUGUUAAUCAACUUAGACGAGCUAUAGCUACUAACCCAGAUGAUGAUGUUCUUAAAGUUCUGCUUGCUCUGAGAUUGGCUGUUUUCAAGAAGUACAGUGAGGCAGAGAGCCUAGUAGAGCAAGCCUUAGAGAGGUCUCCAGAACACCCACAUGUGAUUCGCUAUGUUGGAAAGUAUUUACGGAAUGCAGGAUCUGUGGACAGGUCCAUUGCCCUGCUAAAGAAAGCAUUAGAGAAAGUGUCAAACAAAGCUUUUAUACACCAUCAGCUGGGGCUCUGCUAUAAACAAAAGAUUAUGAAGCUGAAGCAGGCAGGAAGCCACCACACAAAAGGAGCUGAAAUUAAACGAGCUCAAGAGCAAUGCAUCUACCAUUUGGAGAUGGCAAUCAAAUUGAAAACCCGCUUCAUUCUAGCCAUGGCUGAAUUGGCCUUGCAAUAUGGGUUUAAUCGGGAUAUAUCAAGAGCAGAAGAAAUGUUUCAGAAGGCAUUUCAAGCAGCCAAAGAGAAAAAAGACAACUACCAGGCUGUUCAUGUGUUUUAUGCAGAAUUUCAGCAGUACGUUAUGAGAUGUGAGCCUGCUGCCAUCAAACAUUACAUUGAAUGUCUAAAGAUAAAUCCAAAUCAAUUUGAAGGGAAAAAAAGUGCUAAAAGUCUGAGACAGAUUGCAGAGAGAAGAAUUGGCAAUAACCCAAAUGAUGGAGAGGCCUUUGGAAUACUUGGAAUCAUUCAUAAGGAACGAGGAGAAAAACAACAAGCCAUAGAGUGCUUUGAGAAAGCGUUGACCUAUGUAGAUAAUGAGGAGUACCUCAGUGAUCUUUGUGAGCUUAGGCUUUCUCUACAGUAAUAUUAGCAAUAUGAAGUAUGAUACACAGCCAAAUAUCUAUAUACUCAUUUAUUAUUCAUGAUAUUUAAUGUUAACAGUGUAGCAUCUGUAAUCUUAUUUUCAAUGUGUGGAUGUACCAAACACAGCACUUUGUUAAGAUGUACAUGGACACACUCUCAGUGCACUCUCACGCCUUAAUACAAGUCAGUUUUACAACACUAAAUGUGUUAAGAGUGGAAAAACACACUGACAUGAUUACUGAGGAGAAUAAAGAAGCAGGAAGCUUUGUCUGUGCUAAGGCAGUAAGCAGGAUAAAAAAUUAGAGAUUAAUACAAUUAGAAAAGCAGCAGAAUCCAGAUAAAUAAUACGUUUUUUGUUGUUUGUCUUGAUAAGUGAAUGUAAUUUACUAAAUCCUCACACUACUGAUCUCAAAAUCUCAAGUCUUUUAAAACUGUGAAUAUAUUUUGCACAUUUAUGAAGGCUGCAUAUUAAUGUUCUAAUGUGUAAUAUUAAUGCAUGUUCUUCUGCAACCAAAUGAAAAUAAAAUUUGUUCAAAUCAUGUGAA